AUGAACAGCAGGUUAAGAACUCCUGCUAGAACAAGACGUGCUGGCUUACAAUUUCCAGUAGGUCGUAUCCAUCGUUUUCUACGAGAAGGCAAAUACGCUGAUAGGAUCGGCGCACGAGCUCCAGUCUAUUUAGCUGCAGUUAUGGAAUAUUUAGUCACGGAAAUUCUUGAAUUAAGUGGAAAUGCUGCUCAUGAUAAAAAAAGACACAGAAUUUCCCCACGUCACUUACAACUAGCGAUUCGAAAUGAUUAUGAGUUGAACAAUCUUCUAUCAAAAGUGACAAUACCUCAAGGCGGUGUUUUACCUUACAUUGUCCAAUUUCUGUUUUGA